UUCUUUUUGAACACGUUGAUGAAAGUUUUGGCUGUUGUUGUUCCUGAGUUAUCGGUUUUCCCAUGGGAGUUUUCAUAGUUCAUGAGGCACAGGACUAGAACCUGCACCGCAGAGACUCCUUGGGUUUUGUGUGUUUUUAUAAGCUCUAGUUAAAGUGAUUUUUGAAAUUUGGACAUGUAACACAGUUUUCUCAUCAGUUCCACAGCUGUAAUGUACCCUUAUCUAGUGAUUAACAGACGAAUAAUAAAGUAGAUGUUAGUUUGUUCUAUACUGAAAAAGUUGAGAGGGAUUUCUCUGCUGGUUUUGUACGUAUUUUUAAAGUAACUUACUUUUGAUAGGAGCCUUCAAAAAACUUUGGAACUUUUAUUAAAGUUUUGAAGAUGUGAUGCUGUUCCAGUAGUUUUGCAUGUUACAUUUCUUCCUUUACACAAAUACCUAGUUUUUCCCCCAGAGCCUGAAUUAUAUCUGUAACAACUGAGAGUUACUUUUGUGUUUUCCUGGACAUAUUUCAUGCUGAUCAGAUGCAUCAGGACAAACAGCCGCGUUGACGGAGGUGUUGCUGAGAUCUGGUUUGCCCUUACCCUUUCUUCAGCAGGUCACUUCCUGGGACAACAGCGGCUGAAUGUGCGUUAAAUUUGAAGAAGAUUUAUACAGUACAAACGGUACAGGAUUUCUGGAGUGUCUACAACAACAUUCCUCCAGUGACAAAUUUGCCUCUGAGAUGUAGUUACCAUUUAAUGCGGGGAGAAAGGCGGCCACUUUGGGAAGAGGAAAGCAAUGCCAAAGGAGGUACUUGGAAAAUGAAGGUCCCUAAAGAAAGUACGGCUGCAGUUUGGAAAGAGCUGCUGUUAGCAACUAUCGGAGAGCAGUUUACAGGCUGUUGUGCAGCAGAUGAUGAAGUAAUAGGGGUUAGCGUCAGCGUUCGUGACCGUGAAGACGUUAUGCAAGUCUGGAACGUGAAUGCCUCUUCGGCAAGUGAAGCAAAAGUUUUAGAAAAGAUACAUAAACUUCUGCCACACACACCUUUUAAAGUGGCGUUUUAUAAAUCACACAGAGAGCAUCAUGCUUUUGAAGGCUGACGGGGGAAACAUUAAGUGCCAAGCUCAUUUGUUGUCAUUUGGUGUGUUGAGGUGGUCUGGGCAAGGAGAAAGAUGGUGGAAGGCCCUGCAGAAGCACUACACACAGUGGCCCUUUUGAGUUUCUGACAUUUCAAACUGGGAAAAUGAGGAAAAACAGUUGCUUUGACUGCUCAACGCCCAACUAAUUGCUGCUUGUUUGGUUGGGGUUUUAUAAAUUUUUCACUGGUUCUUUAAAAAGAUAUCCUGGCCACUUUUUUUUUUUUUAAUCAGAUCAUAUUUGUUCUUAUUUCAUUAAGAUAGCAGGCUUUAAUUUCUUCUGUACUGUACUUGAUUAAAUGCAAACGUGCACAGAGAUGGUGUGCUGCGUUUCCGGGAUGUGCUGUACGUAGAGGAAUACUGGCUUGCUGAAAUGUGUUUUCAGUUUUCAAUUUUGAAACAUUCCUAUCGUGUUAAGAUUUACUCGCUGGUUGUGUCCCAAGAGAGAAAGAAAUUGCGCUGCAUUUAUUCUAAUAUUCAGUGUACUCUGGGCUUGCGCUGACAACAGCACACAUACUGUACGAGUAAAUAGUAAAGUGUUCGCUAAAUGAGCAGCUAAAGAGAACACAUUCAUAUUAGGACUGAACCUGUGUGGGAUGAUGUUAACGAGUAUUAUAAUUGCAGUGAUUUCAAAAGAGCCCCUGUUGGAACUAGAGUGAGAGAUCUUUCAGCAGGAAACGCUGCAAACUCCACACCUCUCUUAUUUAAGAGGGGAUGGGGCUUUUUUAAAAUGUUUUAUAUUGCAUAAUUUCUUAGGAUAUUUUUGUGUCCAUUCAUGAUGAAGUGUCAUGAAUCCUUUCUAAUGCGUCAGACUAACUGGAUCCAUCCCUCACGCUUCUAUGAGAGCUUUAGGCCCGUGCCGGCACCCCCAAAGGUCAGCAUCAGAACUGCCGUUGACGUCGGUGCAAAGGAAGAGAUCCCAUCGUACCUAGCUUCAAGCCGUCAUGACUUCCUAAGUGACAUUUAAAAAAAAAAAAAAAAUACAGAAAA